AUUUUUUCAGGUAUAAAGCCGUAUGUAUGUACUCGCUGUAAUUCAACAUUCACAAGGCAGCACAGUCUUAACUACCACUUGCUCACACACGACAACAUCCAUCGAUUCAAGUGUGAAUCUUGCGGUCGAAUGUUUAGACAUCCCAGUCAUUUCAAGGAGCAUAACCGAAAACACACUGGAGAAACCCCGUUCCUCUGUACCGACUGUCCCUUGAAGUUCAGAACUAAGAACACGUACAAACGUCACAUGAAGACUAAGCAUGGCAAG